GACCCUCGCACGCCGAGCCUGCUCGUCCAAUCUGAAUAAGUGGGAGGAGCGCGUCCGCCCACAAAAGCCCGAAUAACCCCUAAAAAAUCAAUUCAGCUCGAAUUAAAGGGAAUUCGCUACAAAUACAAACAGCAGGGACGGCCGGUGUUCGAUGCGCCACGGACGGCGACGAGGCGUCCCGGUGUCGUGUGUCGGGGGGAGCAGCGGCGGUGACAGGCAGCAGCAGCGAGGAGGGUGUUGUCCUGAUGCUUAAAUGGAAGUGGGUGGGCCUCCAUGGUCACACACUGCCAACUCCUCCGAGGAUAUCACUCUGACAAGCACAAAUUAGCUCUUUUAUGGACUGCCUGCUCGGGAAAAGGGACGCAGGAACGAGCUACGAGGCGUCCGUGGGAGCGGGGACGAUCACCGCACUCCCCGUUGUCUCCGUUAUUUUUCAGGCAGGUCGAGUGUAAACGCGCUUGGCACCGCCCUUCCUGGCUGGUGGGUGGUUUCGUCAAACGGGCAGAUCCGCUACGGCCCAGAGCUGAACGUAUAGGCCGUCCUCCGCCUCUGUACCCGGCCGGCCUUCCACCGCGAACUACACCCUCUCCCUCCCGGUAUAUUAAUGCGUUAUGAGCGACUCAAAGAAGGAAUCAGCUGGAACUGAAGGAGGGAAAGCAUCUAAACGGGCUAAAAGUUCUGGAUCACAGGAUUCCUCUCAGCCCUCACCGCUGGCGCUGCUCGCAGCCACCUGCAGUAAGAUCGGAGGGCAGGGGGGAGCAGAAGGGGCCCAGGCAGGAGCCCAGCAGAUCCAGGUCCAGGCUGGUCAGAUCCAACUACAAGCAGGUCAGAUAGUGGUGGACGCAGCUGGGGGUCAGGCCCUGGUGCCCCAGCAACUGGAACUGGUCCCAGCUCAGUUCGCAGGUAACAGCUGGCAGGUCAUCACGGCAGCUCCAGCGAUGGCCAAGGAGAACACGAGUCAACCUGUUGCUGUGACAGUGGCCACCACGCUGGUCAACGACAGCUCACCUGCGGGGCGCAAGGUGAAGGCAGCAGGUGGGACGAACAGCGUAGCAACCAGUCAGCCGCAGCAGCAGUUCCAGAUCAUUCAGGUUCAGAACCUGCCCAGUGCUGGAGGCGGAGUCCAGUAUCAGGUCAUCCCUCACCUGCAAACUGCAGAUGGACAGCAGAUCCAUAUCAGCCCCCAGCCGGCUUCUAUCGGGUCUCUACCUGAGCAGGUUCAGCUCAUCCAGACCCCAAACUCAGGCCAAACCCAGGCUAUCAUCCACCCGGCCAACCAGCAGGCUAUCCUACCAAGCACAGCCAAUCAGACGGUCCCACUCCAGAUACGUCCUGCACAGUCUUUCCCACUUCAGCUGCAGACGCUGCAAGGCUCCCAGACUCCUGUUAUGACCACGGUCCCCAUAAACCUUGGUGGCAUGACCCUGGCUUUGCCCGUGAUCAAUAAUGUUGGAGGGGGCGGGGCUGUGCAGCUCAUCCAAUCAGCAGAUGGCACCUUCUCUGUUGCUAAUGGAAGCCAGAUGGUGACAACAGCCAUGUCUGGUGGAGCUCCUGCUGCAGCUGGAUCCGCACCAACUCCAACCGAAGGUGACGGCGUUCCUGAUGGGAGUCAGGUGGUUUCUGCUGGACCCGAGGACGCAUCAGUUGAAACCAAAGUGCAGAGCAGCGAAGCUGACUCUCAAAGCCAGAACCAAGCCAACGGACUCCAGAACCAGUCAGAAACACAAGGAGCCAUCCAGCAGGUGAUUGUUGGCCAGGUGGGACACCAGCUGGUGCAGCAGAUCCAGCUGCAGCCUCAGGCUCAGAGUCAGGGUCAGAUACAGGGACAGCAGCAACCUCAACACAUUCAGACCCUCCAGCUGGCUCCGGGACAAACCCUGCAGCCCAUCCAGGCUUUCCAGAAUCCAGCCCAGGUUCUCAUUCGUGCUCCGACCCUGUCAACUUCAGGGCAGAUCACCUGGCAGACGCUGCAACUUCCCGGAGGAGUGUCCCUGCAGGGUGGCCUGGGUACAGCUGUGCCACAGCAGCUGACUCUGGCCCCGGUGGCUGGUGGGACGGCAGUCGGUGGUGGAGGGCUGGUUUCCCUCGGUGGAGCCCCAUUAACACUGAGCACAGCCCAGAUCAACCCAGGCUCAGGUGUGCAGACAGUCAGCAUCGCAGGACUGGGCACAGCUGGAGUCCAGGUGCAGGGUGUACCUCUCACCAUCACUGGUCUGCAGGGUCAACCACAGGGUCAGGAUGGGGUCAAGGUUCAGUCCUCUCCUUUGACCGUGACUGUCGGCAACAUGGCUUCAAGUUCAGCCAUGAGUCCGGACCAGCUGGGCUCCGUUCAGAGUUCUUCAGACCAAGAGGGCCCGCCCGGCAAGAGGCUGAGACGCGUCGCCUGCUCCUGUCCAAACUGCAGGGACGGCGAGGGAAAGAACAGCGGAGACCCCACAAAGAAAAAGCAACACGUCUGCCACAUGGAGGGCUGCGGGAAGGUGUACGGUAAGACCUCCCACCUGAGGGCCCACCUGCGCUGGCACACCGGCGAGAGGCCGUUCAUCUGUAACUGGAUCUUCUGCGGGAAGAGGUUCACCCGGAGCGACGAGCUGCAGAGACACCGGAGAACACACACGGGAGAAAAGCGCUUUGAGUGUCCCGAAUGCUCCAAGCGCUUCAUGCGCAGCGACCACCUCUCAAAACACAUCAAGACUCAUCAGAACAAGAAGAGCGGCGCUGCCGUGGCGAUCAUCACCUCAGACGACAUAGAGGGAGAGGUCCCCGAAGGUCUGUCGGACUCCCCUCAGAUCGUCUCCAUGGGAACCCUCACGCGGGACUCCGACCCCGCCACACCCGCCACCUCCAAUCACCUGGAGGAAGGUGAAGAGGAGGAGUUUGAAUAAGCCAAUCAAAGGCCAGCUUCCUGUUUUUGGGAGGUUUAGCGAGAACUGCAAGGGUUAAAUUUAUUUUUAUUCAUUCACAUACAUUUUUUUAAUUGUUCGUUCCUGAAAGACUCCAAGGAAGGCAUUUAUAGAGCGUCGGACCACUUCACACUACAGGCCACACACACGGAAAUCAGAGGCUACACGAGGUUCAGCGUCUCGCCCAAAAGCACGUCAACGGGUGAUGGGGAAGCAGGAACUGAACCACCAACCUUCCAGCUGCCAGGCGACUGCUCCACCCGCUGAGCCACAGCCGAGGAGACUGAAAACCUACAGAUGAGGAGGAAACUAACAAGCAUCAUGAAUUUAGACUGUAUGAAAAUAUUAUUUGGCAUUUAUAAAGUCGGUUUAGGAAAUUCCACGUGCAGCGGAGAAAGGAAUGUUAGAUAAGCACAAGACCAGAGAGCCGGUGAAUCGGAAACCCUUCGACGACGAGAAGCAGUUUUCUUAACAGAAUCAAACUCUAUGCACAAAGAAAGUUGUUUUUCAUACCUGUCAGACAGUGCUGAGGUCAAUCAUGGUACAGAGGGGCUGUGGAGCAGCUGGGACAGCGUGUGUGUGUGUGUGUGUGUGUGUGACCCGCAUGAAUGAGUGUGUGUUUGUCAUUCACACGCUGUCCCUCAGAGGAGCUACCUAAUGUUUUAUUUAUGGUUGAGGUUCAGUCCUCAGAUCAGAUUCAGGUGUUGAUUUGUUUGAUUAGUCAACAAAUAAAGCUAUUCUUGAUUGAAAUGGGGGAUAAAUCCUAAAAGGAAGAGUAGAGCAGGAAAAAAGCACAUAUAGAAAGUUUUAUGAAUAAUGCAUUCCUAUUGCGGCACAGUGGCCAUUUGAAAAUAAAAAAAAAGGUUUCUAUCGAGAGAAAAGAAAACAAUCUAGCUUUCUACAACGUGGUUUGUGUAGUGAAAGCAAUACUUUAACGACAAUCCUAGUGGAACCAUGUUUACAUCGUCAGGGGAAGUUUUCUUAGUUAAUGAAACAAGCGUGUUGUUUUCCUGGGAUCAGAGGGGGGGUGCUGUCUGAGCAGUACGGGUUUGGCUAGAUAGCAGCACAGGCUGCUUGUGCUCUAGUGACCUUUGACCUUUAACCUGACCAGAGCACGAGCAGCCAGGGGAAUAACGGUGAGGCCCUCUGCGGGUUAGCUUUGUGGAUAUAAUAUUUUCUGGUGGUGUUGCUCUGUGUUAGUUAAGUGCGUACGUUCUCUUUAAACAGAAUUCUUUUGAAUCCAUCCCCCUUAAACCCGCUUGUGUUAACACACAGGUCCCCGCUGUGUACAGUUAAUUUAUUAUUUAUCCUUCGUUUGUAAAAUUGCCUUUUUGCUGGACUUGUAUUUGUGUGCGUUGGUUCUGGUGUACAGCAUGUUUCAGUUCUUUGCCGUUAGACGUCGCUGCUUCUUGAAAUCAUUAUUAAACCCAACAGUUUGAUUUUUCUUUUUUCUGCGCCAUAAUGUGUUUUUGGGAGAAAAAAUAAAGAAGACGAAAGCAAAAAUUAAAAGAAAAAGUGUUGCUAUUGUCUAAAACCUUGAGAGGUUGAUACCAAACAAAUUUAAAUGUUUUUAAAUCUAUUUGUGUGACGACUAACUUUGUCUUUUUUUCUAUUUUGUAGUGACAUCUCAUUUGUAAAUCCUUUUCUAAAGAUGUUUGCUCGUCUCCAUGACAUUUGAUAAUGGGUUUUUUGCCAGGCUAGCCUUAAAGGCUCCAGUUUAUGGAUAUUUUUAAAACCAGUUUGUACAAAUAUGUUCUGUCAAUUAAAAAAAAAAGACUUCAAGCCGAAAAGAUGCUUCACCUGCUUAACAUUUCACAAUAAAGUGAGUCUUACAUUUC